AUGCCCUAUGUGAGAGGAGUGACAGAUAAGAUCGGCGGUCUAUUGAAGAAAUAUUCAAUAUCCACUGUUUUUACGCCGGGGGCAAAGGUUACCAACAUAGUGGGCACACCGAAGGAUGUUUUUCCGUUACAAACACCAGGUUUCUAUAAGAUAAAUUGCAGCUGCGGCAGUUCUUACAUAGGCCAGACUAAGCGGACGAUAGCUGAAAAGGUCAAAGAACAUAUCGCCGCUGUAAAAAACCGACAAACGAAUAAAUCUGCGAUAGCCGAACAUAUAUUACAACCGGGUAUUAAUCACUGGAUCGGAUUUCAUCGCACGGAAAUCCUCUCCACAGAUCGUCACUUUUCAAGAGUAGUGCGAGAAGCAAUUGAAAUUAAGAAACAUAAAACAUUCAAUCGCGAAGAUGGAUUCAAACUAUCCCCAACAUGGAACCCAGUGAUUAAAAUUACACAACCUCGUUUUAGUUCACAGUUGGCUAAAUAUCAGAAUAGGCACCUUCCGGAUGACUUACAGAUUAGGGACGUAAUACGUGUUGUGCGUCGCGGUAAAACUUACAAUAAUCACGAGUUGAGGGUGGAUGAAGAAACAUCUACCCUGACGGCGGAGUCGUGA